AUGGAACCUGGAACACGUGUUCUGCCGUUGAAUUACUUUCUAAAAAAAUGCUUCCACGCGGCGUACUACUACCUGGACGAUCCCCCGGCCUGUCAAGGUGCCAAUACGGCUGGCUUGAUUGACUGGGAAGCCCCCUGCGAGGUAGCCGGUGAGGUUCGCGGUCCGAUUCCUGUACUAGAAUUUACAAAGCACGUUGCAUCGCUGCACGUGGACGGUGACAUUGGAUUCAGCAAAGAGUACGAAGCUAUUCAAGGCGAGGCACUGAACGACGAAUAUCCAUCGGAGCAUUCGCAGCAUCCGGAUAAUAAGGGGAAAAAUCGCUAUCUGAAUGUGAUUGCUUAUGAUCAUAGCAGAGUGCACCUGCGACAAGUUCCUGGGCAGAAGAAACAUCUAGAUUAUAUCAAUGCCAAUUAUAUUGAUGGAUAUCAGCGUCCUCGAUCUUUCAUAGGAACCCAAGGUCCUCUCCCCGGAACGUUCGAUUGUUUCUGGAGAAUGAUUUGGGAGCAACGAGUGGCCAUUAUAGUUAUGAUUACGAAUCUAGUCGAACGUGGCCGUCGGAAGUGCGAUAUGUACUGGCCUAAGGACGGAACUGAAAUGUACGGCGUUAUCCAAGUCCGUUUGAUACGAGAGGACGUGAUGGCUACGUACACAGUUCGAACAUUCCAGAUUAAGCACACAAAACUGAAGAAGAAGAAAGCUUCCCAAUCGGAAAAAUUAGUCUACCAGUACCAUUAUACCAAUUGGCCAGAUCAUGGAACGCCGGAUCAUCCACUGCCCGUAAUCAAUUUCGUGAAAAAAUCUACUGCAGCGAAUCCAACCGAUGCUGGCCCAAUAGUGGUUCACUGCAGUGCUGGGGUUGGUCGCACCGGAACCUACAUAGUGCUGGAUGCCAUGCUGAAACAGAUCGAAGUCAAAGGAAUGUUGAACGUGUUUGGAUUCCUGAGGUACAUCCGUGCCCAACGAAACUAUCUCGUGCAAACCGAGGAGCAGUACAUUUUCAUACACGAUGCGCUCGUCGAAGCUAUUGAUAGCGGAGAAACCAAUAUCAAGAUGGAUGCAAUUGGUGGAAUCGUAAACAACAUAGACUUUAUUGAUAGUCAAUAUAAGCUUAUCACCAACUAUCAGCCGAAGGAAAUCAACUUGACAUCGGCACUAAAAUCAGUAAAUGCCAUCAAGAACCGUAGUUCGCUCGUUCCUCUGGAGGGUAGCCGGGUACAUCUCACUCCGAAACCAGGCGUCGAAGGUAGUGACUAUAUCAACGCCACCUGGUUGCACGGGUUCCGUCGGUUACGGGAUUUUGUCGUGACGCAGCACCCAUUGAUAGAAACAUUCAAAGACUUCUGGCAGAUGGUUUGGGACCAUAACGCGCAAACGGUGGUGUUGUUGUCAUCCGCUGAUAAUAUGUCAUUCCUCCAGUUUUGGCCAAACGAAUCGGACGCGAUGGAGAGUGAUUACUAUCGCAUCCGCAUGGUGUCCGAAGCGGCAGAGAGUGACUACAUAGUGCGGAACUUUGUCAUCCAGUCCAUCCAGGACGAUUACGAGCUGAAUGUUCGUAUGUUUGAGAACCCGAUGUGGCCGGACAUGGCGAACCCACGGUCGAUCUACGACUUCGCUGUAAGAGUGCACGAGAGGUGUGCACAGUACCGAAAUGGUCCGAUCGUAAUCGUCGACCGAUACGGCGGUUUCCAGGCGUGCCAGUUCUGCUGCAUCAGCUCGUUGGCCAUGCAGCUGGAAUACGACCAGACAGCAAACGUGUACACCUACGCCAAGCUGUAUCACAACAAGCGUCCGGGCAUCUGGAGCUCGUACGAGGACAUACGACAAAUCUACCGGAUACUGUCGUACAUGCCGAAGGAACUAGGCCUACUAAAGUGCACCGAACUGCGCACCGAAUUUGACGAUGCAGCCAUAAUGACGGCAACGCCGGACUUGUACAGUAAGAUUUGCAGUAACGGCAGUAUCAAUAAUCAUCUAAAUAGUGGCACUGGCGCUGGAGAUAGCAACGACGUUGCUGCCACAGGAAAUGGCACUAACGGUGGACUACCGAUGGGUGGGGUGGUACCUGGCGGUGCCACUGGUACCGCAACUAGCAUUCAAAAUGGUGGUACGGUAAUUGUGAAAAUGAACGGCGAAGAUAACGAUGAGCUUUCGGUGGUGGUAGCGACCAGUAAUCAUCUGAAUCUGGAUCACAAUCAGUCGUAGACUGGCUGGUAAUGUGUUUAUAUGAAUGCUUUUAAAUUCCUUUAAGUUAACCAGCAUGGACGUAUUAGUCGCGGAUUUAAUUUUACUUUUUUGUAAUCUAGCUUUUAUAUAGUCUAUAUGAUUAAGAACUAUUAGAUUCGUAGAAUAUAAAAUUGAAUGAAGCAUUAUUUAUUGAUUACCAGGACACUUCGGGCAAAAUGAAGUACAUUACAGUGCUUAUCCCUUUUUGGUUUUGUUUUAAUGGAGUCUUCAUCAUAAGUUUAAAAUCUAUUUUUCCAAAUUAUGACAAAUACUCUCAAGAAUCUAGUCGAAAAGUGUCGUACAUCAUAUAAUCGUUUUGGUUCGUAUCAUCUCUUUUAGAAAAAAAAGAGUUUCUAAUGUGUGAGCCCCAAGACCCGGAGUUGACAAAAAUAUUGAAUUUUCGCCUUUCAAUUUUACAAAAUUAUACAAUUAGAAAUUAAAGUACAAUGUUUGUUUAUGUAAAUAGGGAAAUCUAUCGCAUGUGAUUCCAGUGAAGUAAGUCUUUGGUUAAUGGUAAGAUGGUAAGGUCUAGCUUCCAUGUGCAUACGCAUCAUCUUUGGUGCAAUGCUGAACUGUGUAAAAAAAGUAUUUUCCUAUUAAUUCCGUGACCGAACCGCAUUAGAUUAUUCAAAUCUCUCGAUAGAACAAAACCAAGUUAUAGUACACUAAUAUUAUACGAUUAAAACAAAGCUGAUCGCCGCAUUCUGCUAAAUGCAACUUAACUCAGUCAGAAAUGAAAGUAUUGCGUAGAGGGGAUACGUUCGCACAUCGCACAUUUGGAUGAAACGUGACCGAGAAAUGUUCGGUCGUCAAAAAGACUGGUUUUCUAAUUUCUUAUUGUAAAAUUAAACGUAAUUAUGGUAUGCAAAACAGUUAUCUGGCAAAGUUAGUUCAACAACAACUCGCAUGUUGAAGCAAGAUAUUGUAAAUCGUAAAUGUAAUAUCAUAGAAAAUUAUACUUUCAACAGAAUUGUACUACAA